AUGGCCCCCCGCGGCGCCCAGCCCCAGUUAGCCAAGCUCCUGGCCCUACUCGGGGCUCUGCUCCCAGGAUCCGGAAGUGCUCAAACAUUGGUGCACCCCCUAGAGGCCAUCCUGCCCAAAGGAGGCUCCAUGCAAGUGAAUUGCAGCACCACCUGUGACCAGCCCAUCACAUUGGGCUUGGAGACAACACUGACAAAGAAAGAGGUGGCUCGUGGGGACAAGUGGAAGAUUUUUGAGCUGAGCAACGUGACAGAGGACAGCAGCCCAAUGUGCUUUACAACCUGUGGUGAUAGUCAGACAACAGCGUCAGCUAACCUCACAGUGUACAGGUUCCCUGAGAGCGUGGAGCUGACGUCGCUGCCUCCCUGGCAGCCGGUGGGCGAGAACCUCACCCUGCGCUGCCAGGUGGUGGGCGGAGCGCCCCAGGACCACCUCACGCUGGUGCUGCUCCGCGGGGAGGAGGAGCUGAGCCGGCAGCCCGCGCUGGGGGAGCCCGCGGAGGUCACGGUCACAGUGCUUGCGCGCAGGGAGGACCACGGCGCCAACUUCUCCUGCCGCACGGAACUGGACCUGCGGCGCCAAGGGCUGGGACUAUUCGAGAACAGCUCGACCUCCAGGCAGCUCCGAACCUUUGCCCUUCCAGUGACCGAUCCGCUCCUCACCAAUCCCCGGACCUUGGAGGCAGGUGAAGCAUCAACUGUGAAGUGUUCCUUGGAAGGAGUGUUCCCAGUGUGGGAGGCCCAGGUCCAUAUGGCCCUAGGAGACCAGCGACUGAGCCCCGUGAUCACAUCCAGGGGGUCCAUGCUCUCUGCCACAGCCGUGGUCAGGGCAGACAACGAUGAAGAGGGACCCCAGCAGCUGGCCUGUGCAAUAAUUCUGGGGAACCAGAGCCGGGAGACAAGGGAGACAGUGACCAUCUACAGUUUCCCGGCACCCAACCUGACCCUGAGUGAGCUGGUGGUCUCAGAAUGGACUGUGGUAACCGUGGUUUGUGAGGCCCACGCUGCGGCAGUAGUGACGCUGAGUGGGACUCCAGCUCUAGUCCCAGCCCCAAUCCCAACCCCUCCCUGGAGAGCCAAAUUCCACCUUAACGCAACCCCCGAGGACAAUGGGCGCAGCUUCUUCUGCUCUGCUGCCCUGGAGGUAGCCGGGCAAGCGCUGUACAAGAACCAGACCCAGCAGCUCCAUGUCUUGUAUGGCCCCCGACUAGACGAGGGGGACUGCCCAGGAAACUGGACGUGGCAGGAAGGCUCUGAGCAGACGCUGAAGUGCCAGGCCUGGGGAAACCCACUCCCAAAACUGGAAUGUCACCGAAAAGGAGAUGGAUUCUUACUGCCCAUCGGAGACCUGAGGCCUGUCAAACGGGAACAUGCAGGCACCUACCUCUGCCAGGCCAUGAGCCCACGUGGUGAAGUCACUCGCCAAGUGGUCGUUAAUGUGCUCUACUCUCAAGUCAACUGGGGCAUCAUAAUUACAGCAGCAGCCAUAGUCAUACUCCUCUUGAGUGCUGCGGGCACAGCUGGUUACCUAUAUAACCGUCAGCGGAAGAUCAGGAAAUACAAGCUACAGAAGGCCCAGGAGGCCUUGAAGAUGAACACGCCACCCUGA